AUGAACGGCGCCUUGCAACCUGCGCAUUUGCGUUACUGCAACGGGCUUGACAGCGUCCUGAGGCGUCGCGCCGACUCACUCACCUCGACCGACCAGACGACCAGUCACGCAAUGGUUUUCUCGACGCCGCCCGCGACUGACACCAGCAGGGCAGCACGAGCUGGUACGCCACGACCGCGACUACCGAGUAUACGCCCGCUCAUGGACGAAGUCGACGAGGUUCAAUCUUCAACGCCUUCGACGAGGCCAGCAGCGACUCCAGCCCUUCGACAUGCAACCUCGUUGAGCCUGUUCCCGCCGUCAGGACUGCCGAAUCGACCACUUCUCCCGCUGCCAGAACCGAGCCCCGCCAGACAACCUUUGACAACGACGAGUCCGUUCGACUCGCCAGCCUCACUCGGCGCCUUUUCCUCCCUUACGCUUCCCUCAGCCCGACAACGUCCUCCGCUCGCCUUCACAGGGUAUCUUAUACCUGCGCCACCUCCCAGCGUAGCAGGAGGAGUAGCAAUCCAGCCUCGGAGCGUGUCGAGCGGCGCAGGUCACUUCCAUUCGACCGCUGAACAACCUCACAACCUCUUCCCCGCGCCUCCCCCCUUCCUGUACCCUCAAAUAGACCAUCGACAGGCCUAUCCCUCGCCUGCCCAUCCGCCCAUCGCCUCGACCAGCACCCUCGCCUCGACCGCUCGUCCCUCAUUGGGAACGGCGACUCCGCUUCGGCCUCGUCUGCCUCGAGCGUCGAGCUCAAGCUCUCUAUCCGCCUACCGCACCGUCUCGCAACCCUCGACGAGCACGCCGCAACCUCAGCCUCCCCGACCUCCUCCUCUCGUCUCGAACUCCCGCCUCUCACCGCUCACGAUCCCAUCCGAUUCCUCUCCCUCCUCCUCAACAACGACCUCCCCCGUCUCACUCGCCGGCUCGACCUCGACUUUACCCACCACAGGCGGCGUCCUGCCGAAGAAAUAUGUAUGCGAGGUCUGCGCAACGGCGUUUGCGAGACGGAAUGAUCUGGUCAGGCAUUUUCGGGGCCAUACGGGCGAGACGCCGUUCGAGUGCAGGAAGUGCGGCGCCAAAUUCAAGCGGAGCGACGCGAGAAAGCGGCACGAAGCGAAGGGGACUUGCUGA